AUAGGUUUUUAGUUGAGUUGUGAACUUGAUAUGGAUUACUGUGAAACAUGAAACUACUAUUACAGCUUGCAUUGGUUACAGGAACUGUUAUUCUGGUUGAGGGUGAUAAUGAUUGGGAAAUUCCUGACCAUCAAGUGAACAAGCUAACUGCUGCAAUAAGAAAUCCUGUUGAUAAACUUAUGAAUUUUGAUUGGAAAAAUAGAGCGCAAGAAAUAAACAAGGUCACGUCAGCAAUAAGGGAGCAAGUAACGAAUCUUAAGGAUGUGGAUUGGGCGUCCCCUAGACAACAGAUAACAAAGAUGGCCACUGCGAUAAGACAGCCUUUGAAGACAUUCAAUGAACUCAUCUUUGAAGAAGUACGAACAGCUGAUAUCAGACUGCUACGCAAAGAUCCAAAGAGGCCUAUUGAAACUCAUCCACUUUUGGAAGCAGCCAAUAUCGACCAGGGUCAAGCUAAAUCGAUAUUUGAAACCGGAUGGAUCGACUUUUACACUUGGGUUAGUGACCUGGACACGGAGUACGAGCCUUUGUACGAAGCCGAGAAGUUAUUCUUUAAUGACCAUUACAACAAAGGUCUGGACACUAUUGUGAUACUCCAUGACAGGUGUGGGAAUGCCAAGGAUCACGAAGUUUUAAAAAUAAUUGAGGCUUUAAAAAUGAGAAACUAUGACGCAAACUACAACAUCUUUAUUUUGGACUUCAAAAAGUUCAUGUGCAAAAAAAUGGCUCCUGAUGGGGGUCUUUUGAAAAUUGGAUUCAACCCUCAAGUUACGGUUUUGUCAGAGGCCAUCGGGAAUUUCCUCUAUAAGGGAAUUCAGCAACACAAAAUUAGAGCAAAGCAAAUAAACAUAUUGGGACUUGGAGUGUCAACUCACUUGGCGGCCUAUGUGUCAAGACAUGUCAAACGAGUGUCUCGACGAAAAAUUAAUUCCAUUUUGGGUCUUGACCCUCCAGUUAGUCUAAGAAGAAGUCUUUUCAACAAAGAGUUUACAAGAUACACUCACAUCUACCACACAUUCAAGCUGUUACCAGGACUCGACCCCACCACUGGUAGAGCAACUGCUGAUUUUGUUUUUGGAGGGGCGAAACGUGGCCCACAGUGCAGGAAAUCUACUAUCACCAUUACAUGUUUCAAGGGGUUUGGAGUUCAACUGUUUCUUGCUACACUUUUGUAUCCUAAUUUGUUUGCUGGACGUUGGUGUCCUUCAUACAGCAAGUUCUCAGAGAAAUUCUGUGAUGGCAAUGACUACACUUAUGUUGCUUUCCCUCCUAAUAAAAAGGCUCAAGGGAUUUAUCACAUGGAUAUAAGCUACGAGUUCCCAUAUGGCAGAGGCUUAGAAGGAAUCAACGAAGAGGAGGAGGAAGUCUCGGCAGACUCGAUUGAGCUCUCAAAAAUGUCAAUUCCAGAGUACUACCACCACUUGGAGGUCGCUGUGUCUCAUAUAAGAUCCGAACUCAUGACUUGUAUUAACGGAGUGCCUACUCGCAAGGCGGUCUCGAGAUGUCUCAUGACUGCUAGACCUUCCGUGCAAAAACUCGUCAAGCAAAAACUUAUAAACAAAACCAGCUGCGAGCCUUACUACAAGUCUCCCACAGGGAAGAGAUGUCAUUACGAGACCAGAACUAACAACAAGUUUGAUUUACCUUUUUGAGUCAAUGUGUGAGGCCUAUCUUCCUAUCUUCGGGAUUUACCAGUUUGUAAAUGUUUCACCUUUUUAUAAUAAUAAAACUUCUGUCACGAGGAG